ACAAAGUAUUCAGAUCAAGAACAACACAAAGCAACGAGCCAACGAAGACUAUGUCUUGUGCCAUUGCAGUGGCCAAUUCUCCUGUUUUUUCACCGUCGACGGCUAGGGUUUCUUCUUCUCUCUUUUGCAAGAUCAGUACUUGUUCGUCCCCUGACGCUAUAUCUCUUACCCUGAAUCACCAUCAUGGAUCAUCUUCGGCGGCGGCUUCUUCAUCUUGUGGGUCUCCUUCUUCUUCUUCUUGUUCUUCACCGUCUUCACCUUUCAGGUUACGGUUUCAGAAGCCACUGAGCGGGUUUAGAACUUCGAAGAAGGAAAGUUCACCGCCGACGCUUUUGAAGAGGAAGAGACCGGCUAAGAUUGAUAUUCCGAUUUCUGCUUUGAGUUUCGCCGGCACGACGACUCCUGCGUCGGCAGAGGUGCUGAGGGAGGUGGAGUUUGAGAGGGAUGGGGUCUCUGUUUACUGUAAGAAAGGGAGAAGGGAGGCCAUGGAGGAUCGGUAUUCUGCGGUCUUUGAUCUCCAAGGAGAUCCCAAACAGGCUUUCUUUGGUGUCUUCGAUGGACAUGGAGGUGCAAAAGCUGCAGAGUUCGCAGCAGAGAAUUUGGAUAAGAAUAUUAUGGAUGAAUUGACGAGGAUGAGGGGAGGAAACGAAAUUGAGGAAGCUAUUAAAAGUGGGUACCUCACCACAGACUCAGAGUUUCUGAAAGAGGACCUCCGUGGUGGGACUUGCUGUGUUACGGCACUGAUUACGAAAGGUGAUCUUGUGGUCUCUAACGCUGGUGAUUGUCGAGCUGUUAUGAGCAGAGUAGGAAUCGCAGAAGCCCUCACGUUAGAUCACCGGCCUUCGAGGGUGGAUGAGAAAGAGAGGAUAGAGGCCCUGGGUGGCUAUGUGGAUUCCUGUCAUGGUGUGUGGAGAUUACAGGGGUCUCUUGCUGUAUCAAGAGGAAUUGGAGAUCGAUCCCUCAAAGAAUGGGUGACAGCAGAGCCAGAGACUAAAGUUUUAAAGAUUAGUCCCGAAUGCGAGUUCUUAAUUCUAGCAUCUGAUGGCCUAUGGGAUAAGGUUGAUAAUCAAGAAGCUGUGGAUAUAGUUCGUCCUCUCAGCAUUAGCACUGAUAAGCCAGAGUUGAUGUCUGCAUGCAGAAAGCUUGCGGAGCUUUCUGUUAUGCGAGGCUCAGGUGAUGAUAUUAGUGUCAUGGUAAUUCAAUUUGGUCGUUUUAUAUGACUUGAUGGAGCUCUUACAGUGAGACAGAAGAAUUAUUUUGCACAAUGCCAUAGCA